AUGUCAUUUGGCUUCACUCGUUCCACAACGGAAUCGGCCAACUACUAUUCAAAGCAAAAUUCAACUGAGCUUCCAAAUGGACCGUCGGAUUCAGUGUCUCAGCUGGCAUGGUCUCGUGAUGGGCAGGCACUGGCCUGUGCUUCGUGGGACCGAACAUGCCGGGUCUGGCAAAUAACAACUCAACCUGCGGCCUUUGGCAGCAGUGGCCAAAGCGUUUACAAAGGGAACCCGCAGUCGCUGUUCACAGAAACUGCACCUAUUCUAUCUUGCUGCUUUGGAGAUACAACACAGAUGCUGCUUACAGCGGGAUGCGACAAGCAGGUGAAGGCGUAUGACCUCAUCAGCGGCCGGACCACAGGGCAGGUCAUCGGGCAGCAUGAUUCUCCUGUAAAUUUCGUGGCAUGGAACCCUAUGUACAAGUUGGUUAUCAGCACAAGUUGGGACGGAGCUGUGAAGAUGUGGGAUGGCAAACAGCCCAACCCAGUUUGGCAGCAGAAUGUUGGCGCGAAAAUAUGCAAGGCGGCUUUCCACGACUGUUUCCUGGGGAUUUGCGACACUUUUCAUGACUGUUUGAUUUUAAAUGUUCCUCUUCUUUUCCAGCAGAACCAGAUAGCCUUUCCUGUCACAACGCCGAGCGCUGCAGCUGCUGCUUCUAUACCGGUCUUCACUAAGGCUGGAUCUCAAUAUCAGAAAAUGCAAACGCGAUCUAUUGCGUUCUUCCCCGACGACGCUUCACAAUCACCAGGGGCUGCAAUUGGAAGCGUAGAAGGCAGAUGUAGCAUUGUGUACAUCAAAGAAGAACAUAAGGAUCUGAUGGCAUUAUCGUCUGCUGGGACAAAGAUUCGAGGCAGAAAAGUUCAUCAGACUCUCCCUGCAUGUUUCUUGAGCAUGUCAUUUCUGGAUGGCCGUCUGCGUGUCAUCUUUUCGCUCGACGCUUUUUAUAGACUGAAGACAUUUGAACCUGCGGGCGCGCCGAUAGCGGAUUUGAAAUAUGACCCCACAUCAACGGCGCUCGCAUACGCUGUGUCUUACGACUGGAAUAAGGGCCCAGACCAGCAAGAGAUGGCAAAAGGACAUCAUGUUUACAUUCAUGCAAUGAAAGAAGAGGACCUCCGCCCACGUCCGAAGAACACCCAGCGUCGCUGA